AUGGCACUGCCCAGAUGCAUGUGGCCAGCUUAUGUUUGGAGAGCAGUAAUGGCAUGCUUGGUACACAGGGGAUUGGGUGCCUCAUUGACUCUUUGCGUGUUGGGCUGUUUGCUUCAGGCUGCUCACGUGCUCUCACAAAAAUUGGAUGAUGGAGACCCACUGGUGACUACCAACUUCGGCAAGAUAAGAGGGAUUAAGAAAGAACUCAAUAAUGAAAUUUUGGGUCCAGUUAUUCAGUUUCUUGGCAUUCCAUAUGCAGCCCCGCCAACAGGAGAACAUCGUUUUCAGCCUCCAGAACCACCAUCUCCCUGGUCAGAUAUCAGGAAUGCUACUCAGUUUGCUCCCGUGUGUCCCCAGAAUAUCAUUGAUGGCAGAUUGCCAGAAGUCAUGCUUCCUGUGUGGUUUACUAAUAACUUGGAUGUGGUUUCAUCGUACGUACAAGACCAGAGUGAAGAUUGCCUGUAUUUAAAUAUAUACGUCCCAACUGAGGAUGUAAAAAGAAUAUCCAAGGAAUGUGCCAGAAAACCCGGCAAGAAAAUAUGUAGAAAAGGAGGUCCCCUUACAAAGAAACAGACAGAUGAUUUAGGUGAUAAUGACGGUGCUGAAGAUGAAGAUAUUCGGGACAGUGGGGGUCCCAAACCAGUGAUGGUGUAUAUCCAUGGUGGCUCAUAUAUGGAAGGGACUGGAAAUUUAUAUGAUGGGAGUGUCUUGGCAAGUUAUGGCAAUGUGAUCGUCAUCACAGUCAACUAUCGACUUGGGGUACUUGGUUUCUUGAGCACAGGGGAUCAGGCUGCAAAAGGAAACUAUGGACUCCUUGAUCUCAUACAGGCUUUAAGAUGGACUAGUGAGAAUAUUGGAUUCUUUGGUGGUGACCCCUUAAGAAUCACUGUUUUUGGAUCUGGUGCUGGGGGUUCAUGUGUCAAUCUGCUGACUUUAUCCCAUUAUUCUGAAGGACUUUUUCAACGAGCAAUAGCUCAAAGUGGAACUGCCCUUUCCAGCUGGGCUGUUAGUUUCCAACCUGCAAAAUAUGCUAGAAUGUUGGCCACAAAAGUUGGUUGCAAUGUUUCAGAUACAGUAGAGUUAGUGGAAUGCUUACAGAAGAAGCCUUACAAAGAACUUGUUGACCAAGAUAUUCAACCAGCACGAUACCACAUAGCCUUUGGACCUGUGAUUGAUGGUGAUGUAAUACCAGAUGAUCCUCAGAUACUGAUGGAGCAAGGAGAGUUUCUCAACUAUGAUAUAAUGUUAGGAGUUAACCAAGGGGAAGGGUUAAAAUUUGUUGAAAAUAUAGUAGAUAGCGAUGACGGUAUCUCCGCUAGUGAUUUUGACUUUGCUGUUUCUAAUUUUGUUGAUAACUUAUAUGGAUACCCUGAAGGCAAAGAUGUUUUGAGAGAAACCAUUAAAUUCAUGUAUACUGACUGGGCUGACCGUCACAACCCUGAAACCAGAAGGAAGACAUUAUUAGCUUUGUUUACGGACCAUCAGUGGGUGGCACCAGCUGUAGCUACAGCAGAUCUUCACUCAAACUUUGGUUCACCCACAUAUUUCUAUGCCUUUUACCAUCAUUGCCAAACAGAUCAGGUUCCAGCUUGGGCUGAUGCAGCUCAUGGUGAUGAGGUUCCCUACGUACUAGGAAUCCCCAUGAUUGGACCUACAGAGUUAUUUCCUUGCAAUUUCUCCAAAAAUGAUGUGAUGCUGAGUGCAGUCGUAAUGACAUACUGGACAAAUUUUGCUAAAACUGGCGACCCAAAUCAACCAGUCCCUCAAGACACAAAAUUCAUCCAUACCAAACCCAACCGCUUUGAAGAAGUAGCAUGGACCAGAUAUUCCCAGAAAGACCAACUUUAUCUCCAUAUUGGAUUAAAACCAAGAGUUAAAGAACAUUACAGAGCCAAUAAAGUAAACCUCUGGUUGGAGCUGGUACCUCAUCUGCAUAAUCUCAAUGACAUUUCUCAGUAUACCUCGACAACAACUAAAGUGCCAUCAACUGACAUCACUUUCAGACCUACGAGAAAAAAUUCUGUAUCUGUCACAUCAGCCUUUCCCACUGCCAAGCAGGAUGAUCCCAAACAACAACCGAGUCCAUUUUCAGUGGAUCAAAGGGACUACUCAACAGAGCUGAGCGUCACUAUUGCAGUUGGAGCAUCACUCCUGUUUCUGAACAUCUUGGCCUUUGCAGCCCUGUACUACAAAAAGGAUAAGAGGAGACAUGACGUUCACAGGAGAUGCAGCCCUCAGCGCACGACUACGAAUGAUCUGACCCACGCACAAGAAGAGGAGAUCAUGUCCCUCCAAAUGAAGCACACCGAUUUGGAUCAUGAAUGUGAGUCCAUCCAUCCACAUGAGGUGGUUCUUCGGACCGCCUGCCCCCCAGAUUACACACUAGCUAUGAGGAGGUCACCUGAUGAUGUUCCCUUAAUGACACCCAACACCAUUACAAUGAUUCCCAACACUAUACCAGGGAUUCAACCCUUACACACAUUCAAUACAUUUACCGGAGGACAGAACAAUACUCUGCCCCAUCCUCAUCCCCACCCCCACUCACAUUCAACAACCAGGGUAUAGCCAGAUAA